AUGCCCCUCUCUACUCUCCUCAGAACCUCCACCACCACCACAGGCCUCCUGCCCCCCUUCCUCAACCUCAACCUCCUCCUCAGCCUCACCCUCUCCGCCCUCCUCUACACAGCCCACGCCCACGGUUACCUCCACAUCCCCUACCUCCUCCCCCGCAAACCCGCCCCCCUUGACAACGAAAACAAAAUCCCAACCCCCCGCUCAAUCCACUACCACUUCACCCGCACUUGCACGCGCACCUGUCCCACGACGCAUACGCACACGUACACGCACAUCGAACCCCUGGAGAAUCAUAAAACAGCCCUGCGUCUGCUGGCAGAGGCUGGGAUGCGGAGUAUUACUUUUGCAGGGGGGGAGCCGUUGUUGUAUGCUGUGUUGCUGGGGCAGAUGGUGGGGUUUUGUAAAAGGGAGUUGGGAGUGGAGUGUGUGGUUGUUGUUGUUAGUCGGGCCGGAUUGGUGCCGGAAUCAUUUCUGCGGGAGCAAGGAGGGAAAGGGAAAGGGGGGUUGGAUGUGCUUGCUGUUGGGUUUGAUGGGGGUAGCGGGUAUGGUCAUACACAGGAUUGGGACUGGAAUCGGGGGUACAGGCAUGGGAGUAGGAGGGAACGGAUGCUGGCGUUGGAGAGGGUGGCCGGGUGGUGUCGGGCGUAUGGGGUAAAGUUACAGGUUAAUACAGUGGUGGAUGGGAGACGGGUUGGGGAGGAUAUGAAUGGGUGGGUGGAUAGAGUCAGGCCGUGGAGGUGGGUGUGUUUUCAGUAUUUGGAGGUGAGGGAGGAUGGGGACAAAAAAGACACGGUCCGGUCCGGCUUUGAACCCGUCUCGGAAGAGCAGUUUGACGAGUUUUGCGAGCGGCAUAAGCGGCAGAUGUGUUUGGUGGCUAAACCAGGGCGCUCGGCGGGUGAUGGCCAUCUGGUGGUGGAUGAGUAUUUGCGGUUUUUGGAUCCCACGGGGAAGAAGGCGUCCAGGUCGAUCUUGGAGGUGGGCGUGGAGAGAGCGCUGGGGAGUUUAUGCUGGAAGGGUGUGUCGUGGGAUGUUGGGUUAGAGGAGGAGGGAUAA